AGCCUUUUGCGCAUUCAAGCACGUUCGAGAUAGUACACAGGUGCGUGAAAGAGGUGGCUGAAGGAUAAACUUGUGCCUAUUCCAGAUGGCUGCUAGUACUUGAUUGUAAAAUAAAGCGCUACAGAAAUAAGUAUGCAUCAGCAGCGGCAGAGAAACUUCGGCCCGAGCCAGCACCAGCAGAACUGGAGCCAGCAACCGGGUGCAGACAGACGGGGCCAGACUCCGCGAGUCGCGAACGGUGAGUACAACCAGCAGCACCGUCCCCGCGCCAGUCCUGGAGAUCCAGUACCAGGAAGCGCGAUGUCCCGCGUACCGCGCGGCAGCCCAACCGGCUCAGUCUACGGCGAAAUGCCGCGUGGCAGUCCGACUGCCGGAACGCCCUACGGACAAUCGGCCUACUCUCGUGGUGAAAACGGGGGCUACAGCACCAGCGUGCGCGGUGGACACGGGCAAUAUCAAGGCGGACAGAGGUAUGCGGACCAGGGCAGAAACGCAAGUAACCAAAACGCUCCGCGCGGAAGUCCGACUGCCACAGACCACCAUCGAAGUACUAAGAUGCCUAGUCAUGGAUAUUUCUGUUUUUCGAGCCCCUCGCCCCUGGAGAUAUGGGCUGUUCUUUGUUUUCGCUCCUCAUUAGGGCAGGACGUUUCCUUCCGAGCUCUGGCCCUCAAGCUCGGGGUCCUAGAUGGGCUGGCUGGAGUUUGUUUUUGUUCGCGCUUCUAGGGAAUAUGCGGCAGUGCUGGAGAGCAUUAUGGUGCUGCUCAGGGUGCAAGGCGGGUUUUGCUCGCCCUUCGAUAUGUUGCGGGUUUUCCAACUUACUAGCUGCUACUCCGAGUAAGGGCAGGAGGCUCUCAAGCCUCGUUUGGGAAGCCCUGUCGGGGCCAGAUACCUCGCUGUGCUGGUUUUUAUCUUGGGAGCAGCUACUCCCCUGCCGGGUCGCGUCUCUACUCCUUUUUACACCAGAGAAGCUUCGCUUCGUCCUCGGUCUCAAUGGGUCGGUAGUAUAGUGCUGCGCGGGGUGGUCAGCGAGUGUACAAAACCUCCAGCCGGGAGCGCAUGGGCCGACAGCUAGAGGCUUGGCACUUAGGGAUAUGAGCUGGCGGGGCUCGCCGCAGUUCUAUUAGCGAUUGGUUUUGCUAGGGUUGGCCCUGUACCUGUUGACGGCGGUGAGGAUACUUACUUUGUUUCGGAUGCGCGGAUAGCUCGCAUCCCGUUGGGGGCGCGGACCCAGCGUCUAUUCUAUCGUGCCUGUUGGCCGUGUCUAUAGAUUUUAGGCUGGGGCCUGGGUCAUUUUACACAUUGGAAGUUUUCCGUUCAGGGGCCCAUAGUGCUACCCUCUGCUUCGCUUUGUUGAUACUGCGGUCUAGUGCAUCUCGUUUCGCGGUGGAACUUCCCGGACCUGGGGCACUUCUGUUUUCGGAAGGCCAGAUGCCUCACAGCGCUGGCACUUAUCUCGGCGGCUGCCUUCUUCUUUGACUUUUUGUUUCGGAUUGGCCUUACAGUCUCAUCUGCACCACACCAGGGGAGCUCCGCUUUGUCCUCGGUCUCGCCUUGCUUUGGGAACAGGGGUCGUUUGGCACUGGCGGUACCCAAUCCGUUACCCUUGCGAACUUGUUCCCUGGCUAGGGCUCGUGGUUUGGUGUCUCCUUCGUUCGCCCCCUGUUCCCAUCGCGGGGCGGGGCCGAGGUUUUGUUUCGUGGAUGAUGGCCCGCGCCAAAAUUUGUCUGUGGUGCGGGCAUUAGUGUUGCGGGAAGGCCCAGCUGGGCUGGGGGUUGAGUAGGGUGCGCUAUUCGUGGCACCCUUGCGGGGUAGCUGAUCGCACUGGGGGUACCGCACUCGUCUUCGCGUAGACGUGCGCGGGGGUCUUCCGCUCGCUCGGGCCUAGUGGGUGAGAGGCCCACUAGUGGUUCUGGUUUCCUUUUUUCUCGUGACAGAGUUAGGAGUCACGCCAGGCGCGUGCAACGCCUUUGCUUUUGGUUGCUCGCCUCUAAGUUUUGGACUUUCCUACGAGGAGUUUCGGUUUUCUAGCGAGGUUAGCCUGGGUUAUUUUUCAGCCGAUGUCCGGACUUCUUUCCUUGCCUCGCAAGAGGGAUUGUUGCAGCCUCACGAACGGACGGGCCUUGGCCGUAGGAGUAGGGCACUUGUCGAUGCUCAGCGUUAGUGAGUUUUUUCACAAGCGAUGGUCUGCUCUUUGGUGUUGGGUUGGAGUUUGCCGCACCUGCAGCGGCUGGGUUUGUUUCGGGUCGCUUGCUAUUUUCCCACCCAGACAGUGGCUGGGGGCACGUUGGAGGUGCGACGCUAUUCUUAGGCUUGGUUAACCGGUCGGGGAAUUUUGGCUGCCCUAGGGAGGCUACUUCUUGGAAGUUUCGGAUGGCCCGCUUGUCUUGUCGGGUCGGCUAGGGUAGGAUAGCUACCGGGGGUGGUCGAGAAGGCUGCUUGUGUUUUCCUGACGUUAGUCUGUUUAGUCUGCUACUCUUGGAUCGCAUGGAAUUUGAGUGCCACAGUGGGCAGCUAGCUUGGUGCUUGGCUGUUCUAGUCGCGUUACUUAGCGCAGCGGCUUGGCACUUCUCGGGGGGAGUUUGCUGCUACUGUUCUGAUGCGAUGUGCUCUGCAGCUGACCACGCAACGCCUGAGCCUGAUCGGGAAUUGAGGCCGCCCUAUUUGAACUUUGUUUGUGCUAUUCGUCUUUGCUGUCUCGCAAUUCAAUAGGUUCCCCGGGGUUACCUAGCUCUCUAGCUCCGCGCGGAAGUCCGACUGCCACAGACCACCACCUGUACCGCCGAACCGGGCAACGGACCGCCAUGGCUGCGCCCUCGGGAGGUCCGUCCUCGCACAGAGUUGGUGGUGGUGGACCGCACGCACCGCAGAACCGAUACGCAACGCCGAAUCCACAGGUUCCGCAGCACCAGCGGAAUUUCGUUUCCGGGCAUCAUCAAAGUGCUCAACACGCUCGGACGCCGAUGUCCAUGCAGAUGCAGAUGCCGCAAGGCUACCGCAAUCCGUCGAGCACGACUCCGGCUUACGGCUAUCCGCAGCAUUCGGGUGCGCCCCAUCGCAUGAUGGGUCAACAUCAUCCUGACGAUGGGCACAUGCUGUCGCACCAAACCCCGCGCACUCCGAUGUUUGAACGAGGGAAUAAUAUGCCGGGUGGAAGUAGGACUCCCAUGUACUACAGCAACGAUGGCAAUUUGUACCCCUUGCGAGGAGGCGCUUCCGGAACUACGCCGGGAGCCGCCGCCUACGGUGCUGGGUUUCCACCCCACGACUCGUCCAAUGGGAUCAUGCAGAACAACAGUAUGCAGUCGUACAACCAAAUGCGCGGUGCGCACAUGCAGCCAACCCCGGGAGAAGGGCAUCAGGGCCACAACCGCCAGCGCGAUUUCAAUUACCGAGGACAUGGUCCGCAUUUCGACGGCAAUGGCAAUGAUCCCACGCGUUCCACCUGCAUGAGCGGCAUCGGGAUACCGACGCCACGAAGUCACAUGCCCACGCCGAGAGGUGAUGUGCGGCAGCCGCAUCGCAUGCAGGAUCAACGAUUGCAUGAUCCGCGACGUCAGGACAAUAGUGUGAUCCUCAAAGACCAGAACGCGACCCAUUCCAAAUCUCGUCGGCCGCAAUUUCCACGUUCAGCCGCAGAUAGAGAGAGGGACCGAAGCUGUUCGAGCAACGCGGGCUGUUACGUGAACAGCAAUGACGAACAAGAGAAUUCCAUCGACAUGCGGAUGGUUCUUCCCGACCGGAGCGCCAGCACGCAACAGGACGAGCAAGUGGAGAAUACGUGUUCUCGAUCACGGGCAGCUCUUGCCGACCACGGGGAGGAUGUGAAGAAAAACCGAAGUAGCCGGAAUUGCUCCGUGGACCAGAGUCAACAACAGGAGCAGGGGCAGUUGCCACCAGGAGGACCAAGCCAAAACACUUCCAGAGGAGCGAGUUUCUUGCAGAAGCGCCAGCAACUCAUGCAGGCACACCCGCAGCUUUCGUCCGCGGCUGGUUGCAAUAGCUCGUCCUUGUCCGCCGUCGGAGGAGAAGGCGGAUUACCUACUUCGGAUUUUGAUCAGCAAGAUCUGUUACCGCCGAAGCUUACCGCGCAAGUGCGCAAGAUCAACGAGCAGAGGAGGAAAAAGCAGAUGGAGAACUGCGGCAUCGCGAAGUUGGACACGUACCAAGAGUGGAUGAAGAUCGACGACCAGCCGCAUAGGAUGCAGUUGGGAAGCGGUAGAGGGGAAGGGCUAUACCAGCUGGUAAUGAUAUUUGUUCUUCUUUCAUGGAAUUCAUCUGCAUAUCGGGGUGAAAUUUCAGAGUAGAUUUAUUGCGAUGCAAAUUGAAAAUGAAAGGAAGUAAUACCGGAAGAGCAAAAACCCUACCCCAGGUCCUGGACCCGGCCAAUAUGCAGAAGUACAUGAUGUGCCCUUACUGCAACGACAACGUGCUCUACAACUCGUUCCCCACGAUGCGCGCGCAUUUGCGGCAAUGUGAGAAGAUGGCCGUCCACCGGCUGCGGCAGGACGUGUGGGCCGGGAAGGUGAAAGACGACAAAGCAGCUUCCUGUUGCCCGGAAAUCUCCGACAACCCCGCUUUGGAAGAGCUGAAGAAGAAGGAGAUCGCGCUCGUCGAAAAACUCGUGUUGCCGCGGGAGCUCGAGGAGAACCUCAAGCCGACCGCGCUGGAGCAGCAGCAGAUACGGGAAAAGUGGGAACAGGUGGAGAAAAUCGACGAAGACCACGCGAAUCAGAGAGUUGCUGCUGACGGCAAGGGUUUGCUUUCAGGUGAGCUGGAGGAGCGUCGCCGAGGAGAUAAAAGUCGGCGUGGGAAGCAGGAGCAGGCUGAAGCUGCCGUUCCUUCCGCGUCGUCAUCAUCUGCAGAGAAGCGUGGUCGCUAUGCGAAAGCGAGCAGACAGCUCUCCCAUAUGGAAAACCAGCAGACCGACAUGAGCGACAACGAUUCGGAUGAUAAUUUGUCUUGUGACAACUACGAGCGUGUCGUCCCCGGUGCUGUUUUGGAGAUGGAGCAAGCCGUGCGUGACGCGACGAAAGACAUUUUAGCCCGGGACGAGCGAAACAGGACCAUGAGCGGGAACGGCUUGCCUGACGAAGAGGAGACGGAUAAGAAGAUAAGGCAGCGAAAGAACGCUCCGCCUGACCUGCGUCAGGAAGAACGCCAUCAGAAGAUCAAUCAUCCUACUGUUACCGCGGCCGGCACACGGAAAAAGAGCGUAGCGGAGUUCGAGGAUGCGGAAAAUGAGUACGAACAGAACCUGGAGUUUCGGGUGAUGCAGCACCCGAAGGUGAUCGAAAAGCGGGAGCAGCUGCGGCAGCGCGGCAUGGUGGACUACGAACCGGUGAACUUGCGCAGGGACGCAAAAGACGCGAUUCUCGAGGAAGAAAACGAAGAGCGGCGGAAGCGAAGCUUGAUGGAGCAGGAGCAGAUUGUGCGGCCCCGGCAGGCGGCGUUGAAGAAUUGGGCCAAGGAGAACGCCGGAAAAGCGGUGAAGUGCGGCGAUCACUUUGAAAUUACUUCUAAAGGGGUGGAGCAGGUGGGACAUUGCGAGAAAGGAGAGGAGCGGAAGAAAAUCGCAUGCGGGGCCUCUCCUGUAUUGCGAACACGUGGCUCCGGGGGAGAAAGUAGACCGGAAGAAGCUAGUGCUGGGAAAGUUGUUGUAGGAAGUUUGGAGCCGAAAGAAUCCCCGUCCGCCAAUUAUCCGGUGCAGCAGAAGCGGUUUCGAAAGCAAGCACUCUCACCGCAAGAGUUUCCAGAACCUCCCUUGAAGUCGGAAAAAACGAAGGACCAAGUCGAGGGCGGGACAGUCAAAGACAAAAACGAACCUGCUCGUCGCUAUGACGAAAAACUAGCGCCCCAGACCGGUACCUUCGCGCUUCACGCCGUUGAUCUUGGUGACGAGCGGUCUAAAACUGCGGCUUCUGCUGGAGGGCACGGCACCGGUGAAACGGACCGUCGCUUGAAUCGCGAUGCGUCGGAGGUGGAACAAGAUGUGAAGCUCGCUUCUGGAUCUUCCAGAAACCCGGCUAGCAGUACCAGACACGACACAGGGAUCGUCCCGACCACGGCUUCUUCCCGACUGGGUACUAGAACAGCAACACCGCCGAAAAUAGAUCCAGCAUCCACGACGCAACCGAAAGAAACCCCUGCACAGUUGCCGAUACCGGAAAAGCCGGCUGCAAGCGGACAAACAGUGACGAAGAAGGAUCUGCAGAACGAACCUGGGGCAGAGCGAGCACAGGAAAUUAGUGGGAUGCAAGCACGGAAGAGUGCGACGCUUCAAGACCAAGGACUUGCUCCUGGCGAAGGUCAAAGUGUACAACUGGAGGAGCCCACAAAAUCUUCCUCCGCCGCCCAGUUUCAGAACCUGCAAUUAUCCCGCAAGCGCAAACAGCUGACUCCGCAGACCAGCAACGAAAGCAACCGGCCAGUUCCCGGAGUUGUUGCAAGCGGACAAAGCGGCACUGCAGCAUCUGGUGUACCGCAGCAGACGGGUGGACAAGUAUCAGGCACUGGACCGGCAGGGCUUCCGCAAACCGAUACUCAAUUACUUCCAGAUGUAUCAAAGCCCGCUGCUAAAGCAAAUCCGAAGGCGAAGGCAAGAGGGAAGCGAAAAGUUGCGAAGAAGGACGGUGGAGGAGACCAUGCAAUUCCUGAAGAAGAGCACUCGUCAAAGUCAGCGGCGCCAAAGCAAGCUGCGACAAGAUCCGCGGGCGCAUCGACAACCACUGGUGCAAAGGAACGUGAUCGCACUUCGGCUCUCAUGUCUGCAUUAUUCAACACGAAUAUGACGAACGGAGGAAAGAAAAACAUGAACAUCUUUGGAAGCGGGACUGCUGGCAUGGCGAUUGGUAUUAAAAACGCACACUCCACGAAUUCGCUCCUGCGUGGACCCUUCAAACAGCAUGUUGACGUCGCACCGAAACCAGAUCCUCCACCGUCGCCGCCGAAGGUGAAAAAGUCCGUUCCGAUGAAGCGUGCGGCGAAGAGAGAAGUUGCGCAGCAAGCCGAACAAGUGGAAGCCGUAGCCCUCGUUCCGAGUGGAGACGUCGCCGCACCGCCGGCGGCACAGCCCGAGAAGCUGGAGCUUUUGCUUUCGCCGGAAGAGCCGCCGGCAAAGAAACCCAAAGUAGGAAGACCGAAGGGCUCGAAGAACAAAAAGAAACCUCUCCCAGCGCAAGCACUGAAUAUGGACGUCGACGAGGACGAUGUCGGGUCACACGAUGCACAAACAGGAACAGCACGCCCAAAGUCCACAACUGCGUCAAAAGCAAAAGCUACUGCAGCAAAGUCCAAGCCGAAAGCGAAACCCAAAGCGAAGGGGAAGGCCAAAGCAAAGCCAAAAGCGAAGAAUAAAGCAGGGGGCGGCGGGGAAGCUUCAACUGCGGGCACGGGCAACGACUCCAGUGCCGCGGAGGGUUCCCCAGUACUUCCGCAGGAAAUACUAGUCGUGCCUGCGCCGCCUGUUCCAUCAGGCACAGGGUUGAACGGUGGGGACGUGCCAGCAGCGAGUAAAGUACCGGCGUCGAAGGAAGACGAGGAAAUCGACGACGAAUCCCCGGCAGGAUUGCAAAAUCCGUACGCGAAGUCGGACUCUGAAAGCAGUUCAGAGGAGGAGGUCGUGCAGGAAAAGCAGAAAGAAGCAGCGAAAAAGCCCGAGGAUGUGAAGAGCUACGACGAAGGAAGCUUCAAACCGCAGUCAAUUACGUACCAGAACAACGCCCUUGCUGUGAACCAAGCACCGACAGCUUCGGCUCCGCCGCAGACGAAGCAGCAAGCAGAUGUGGAGCGGGUAUCUGGAAAACCAGAAAAUCGAGUUGUGCCGGCGCAAGUGCAACCGCCCCAAGAAGCGGCUCAGCCGCAGAAGCAUCAAAUUGCGACCAAACACACCGCGAUCAUUCCGUCAAUCGAAGCGAUGGUGUGGGUGCCGAGCCUCGUUGAUCGUCCGAAAGAUGGAGCAAAGAACCACAGGAGCAAGGAGAAUCUUCCCGCGCAGCCGCAAACCAAGGAAGAAGAGAAACUUCUGGCGAAAAAAGUAGCCGCGGAGCAGCUGGUGCUGCAAAAGGAGCUCUACCGUGAAACGGAGAGGGCGAAGAACCGCGUGCGAAAUUUUUUACGAAAGUGCCCGCCCGUGACACCGCGCGCAAGCUCUUUUGACCGAAAUGUGAUCUUCAAUUCACCAGCGCCCGGUAGGAGUAGGACAACCGACGCCUUUGUCCACGCCAGAAGUCUCUCACCCGCAAUCUCCCGAUCGGCUGCAGCGCGGCAGGUGAUUUCUCUGAAUCGGAGAAGGGAGGAACUGGCAGAAGCUAUGCUGCAGGCACGAAAGAAGAAGGAGCAGAAUCGCUCAGCAAAAGAAGGUGCAACAAACGAACUCAAGCUCAACACAGCGGCACCACGAGGCGGGACUGCAGGCCAACCGCAGCGGCAAAGCAUUAUGGAACGGCAAACGAGGCAGGAUCGAGAGGGCAUCAUUCGACAGCAAGUACUGAUUACUUACAACUUAAUCCCCGUUGUCACGUAGUGAUGGAAAUGUCUGUCCUCUGCUCUGUCCUUUUGAAUCCUCCGUUCUAAUUUGAAAAAUAUUGAAUUCAGGUUGUUCAUCAUCUCGCAGCCGCGGCUCCAGCGAAUCCCACCUCCACGAUCGGCAAUUACAACACCGUGAAAAAAGUAAACACCUUGGUGGUGAACCAACCAAAAUCCGCGCUUUCCACGGCACAAAUCUCGACGACAACACCGAAGUGCGGUACCGGGUCAAGCUUAAACCGCUGGGGGAAUCGUCGACGUUCUUUGGGGGUGUAAAGGCAAAAGGCUGGGAGUUCGAGCCCGAUGAGUAAGCAUCCGCAUUUCCUGCACAGGCGCUCUGGCAGCUGUAACGCCUGCGCAGACAAAGGAAAUCUAAGCCAUUGUGGCCUAGCUACUCUUAUGCAAUGUCUUGUCACUGUCGCAUCGAAGAGGAGGACAGGAAGAACUUACAUCUACACUGAGGGCGUCAUGUCUUAUAAUAUAUUUUUGCCAUUUUUCCAUUUCCGCCACCACCACGAAUUAAGCCGGCGCCUUGCUUAUGUUACACAUGAAUCACAACUCCACUCAAAGAUGAAACUAACGCUCGAAGAUGAUGCUGACGCAUAAAAGGAAGUACUUACUUUUAUUUUCUGCAAAUAUUAAUGCGAAGAAGGAUAGUAUGAAUAUACAACUUUCGAUGCUUGAACUUGAUACAAGAAACUCAAAAAUCAGAAUACAAAAAAAGUCAUUUAUUAUUUUUAGUGCCUCUUCUCUGUGGUUAGUAAAAAAUAUUGCACCUCAACCAAAUUAGGUUUUCUAUUUCUUUAUUGUGCCUGCACCGCUUGAAAGCGUGAAUGGAGAGCAUUACCUGCGGUUUUUUCUCCGCGAACCCCUUUCGCCUCUUUCUUGUCUUCUUCUUCGCGCCGGCUUCGAUGCUACAUUGGGUACUUUGAAAUUUUCAGCGUCACCAACUCGACCUAGUUGUGGUUUGUUGAUUCCUACUUAUGAUUGUAGUACACGUACAAAAUAUAGCAGCAAGGGAGAGAUGGAAAUACACUGCUAGUGCGAGAGUAGUAGAACAUUACGUAGGAGUGCCAGGACGUUGGUUACUACUUUAAUGAAAGCACCAAGGUAGGAGUUCCAUUGCGACCCAGACGUUUGCGAGCCUGGAUAUGAUGUCGCAGUAUGUAGCUUUGGCCGAUCGGAAAGGGGGCGACAAAUGAGGAAAAACUAUCUAAAGAUGAAGUGCGAAGUGGGAAUAUAAAUACUCCGAACGUCUUCACAUCUGUAAAGAUAUUGACAACUACUUCAGCAUGAUCGCCCUCACUCCUAUCUUCCAAAAAAAGAUUCUAAUCAAGCCGACUUGUUGUCGUUGUACUGACAUUCUAGCGCCACAAUCUCUUUCCGCACAAAAGUCAGCUCUAAGAGAGGCUAUGAGUAUGACCUCUCCGAAGAUGUUGUCGAUUUGCUCAAUUUUCGCAGCGACGUGAAAGAAGCUAGGGCUAAAGCCACAAUGUCUUGUCUUAGCGCCGAUCAAGCUCACGUUUCUUGGGUUGUUCAGGCAACGGUUGUGCCCCAGGUGUUAAGUCCUUGUGUUGUUCCAUGAUUUAUAUUUUUUUUUUUCAAGUUUCUCUAUAAUCUCCCCGUUCUUUUUUCACUUCUUUACGUUUUAUAAUUAAGUAAUUUCGAAUUUUCAUUUUUUCGUAUUCAUAUUAAUCGUGUUCUCGUCCUCGCACUACCUCGAAGAAAAACCUCUGGCUUGCGCUUGACUUGUUUUUGCAAGUGUGCGCGCGCUUAGAGGCUUUUUUCCACCUUGAGAAAAGGACUACACUUUGUGUUUUUCAUAAGUUUUUUGUUCGUCAAGAUUAAUCAGAAACAAAAAGAACUCACUGGCAACAUUUAUCUGCAUUCCAUUUUCAACAACAACAAAGCAAAGAAGCAGAAUUGUAUCUCGACCAAGUAAUCUAUCAUGUUAUGUUUUACUUUUUUGUGCCUGGACUGCUUAAGAAAGUGAAUGGAGAGCAUUGCCUUGGGUUUCCAAGAAACCCUUGGCGUCUCUUUCUUUUUCUUCGUGGUUUUGAUAGCUAGAUUUAGUGUUUUAAAACUUGAAAGCUUCAACAACGUCACCACCUCGACGUAGCAGUAGCUUUAUUUGUUUUUCGAUCCCUUCUUGCGGCUGCAGUACAAGCACGGUGGUCGCAAGGAAGAGAGAGAUUGAAAAUUCGAGCAAAACCAACAGGAGUAGAACAAGAGGUAGAAGCACUAUUUCUAUUUGCUAGCUUAACUACGAAAACAGCGAGACCAGACAUCAAUUACGACGUUUGUGAGAAUGGGUAUCCCCCUUCGCAUGAUGUUGUAGUAGUUUUGUAGCCGUCUUUGCCUGUCCGAAAGGAGAAAAGUAGGAACUCGUUCGUCGUCGUGAACUACUUCGCAAAGGGCGGGCGCUGACCCGCUGUAGACGGCACAAAUCUCGACGACAACGAUGCACGAUCAGUGCGCGGUUCCGCAGCCACUUGCUCCAGUCAAAAGACCGCGUGGCAGCGUCCAUUGUGUCAUGUGCCUUCUGGAGGCUCGCUCCGGAGCUGACCGACUUCCCAGCUUUGGUCUUCAGGUCCCUAUGACGGUACCAAUGGAAAAAAAUCUCGGCUCGGUCUUUAUCUAAAUCGUAAAACUUGUGCCUAGCUUCCCGCCUUAAACGCUUGUCGUUGAAAUGCUCGUCCUUGUCUAUGCUGUUCUCUACUUAUUUAUCCACAGUAAAUUUCCCGUACACGUAUAAAUGCACUCCCUGCAUGACAAAACUUGGCUUCGGUCCUAGUUUAGCAUGACAAGUUUUACACUACGAAUUGGUAAAAUUUGUGAUGCAUCUUGUACAUGUACGGAAAAUUUGUAUUGCAUAUUGUUCAUCUUCUACUUCAUCUUCAUCCGAAUCGCGGGACGUGGUCCCGCGGGCUCUUCUAUCGAAAGGAAAAAUCCCCCCUCCCCAUAUCGAAAACGAAAUUUGUGAUGCUGUAUUUGAGGUCACAAAUCGACUUGCCAUGCUAGAAGGCCAAGAGCCGCAGUCGCGGCCUCGUUUGCAGGCAAUUUGUCAUGCUGUUUCCCACUCUCAGAUGCCUCCUGUCAUGCUGAAGAUGCAAGGCUUCCCCUUUCCACCCAGCACUCCAGUCCGCAUCUUUUGUCGUGUAGCAUGACAAAGCUGAUUCGUGACAACAAAUCUGCAUCACAGAUUUCCGUUUUGAUAUGGGGAGGGGGGAUUUUUCCUUUUGAUAUCUUCGUCGUGUGGAGGUGGUCUUCUUUCCUUCUAAGACUUCUAAAUUUUCUAUCCGAGUGCGCGACAACUCCCCCUCACGACCCUCAUUGAUUUGUGUUCUUGCAUGAACAGCAACACAAGCGCUGGCAAAGAUGCAGCUUUUGCAUGACAAAUUCCUUAGAGGAUCACUGUAGUGCUGUUUUGGCUUUCGGAAUCUGUCAUGCAAAGUAGAGUGCUAACAGGCACAAGGUAGAUUUCAGAUUUUGCAUGACAAAUGAGGGGGAGGGGGAGUUGUGCACUGUCAUAUCUUCCUCGUCCUUCACCUUCUCAUCGUCGCCAACGUCAUCAUCUUCCUCUAUUACCUUACCGUAGUAGUUGACCAUACUUGUCGUACCAGCAGAAGUGUGAAUUGCAAAAGUAUCGUAAUCGUACUCGCACUGGGACUUUCUCGUCUGCAUAAGCGCCAGUGUGCCGACAGUGCGUACACGUCCAACACCUGCGGCACAAAUCUCGACGACAACACCAAAAUGCGGCACCGGGUCAGCAAUGGCCAGCGCACCCUUUGCGAACGAGCGCAGAGACUACUCGGCAAAGAGAAGGAUUGAAUUUCCGAUCGUGCCGGUGCAGAUGUAAAAGUGAGCUUUUGCGCGAAGAGGGAUGCGCGGUAUACUUUGACAGAUGCAACUAUGUGCUUCACAAGUACAGCAGUAGACAGUCGCAUCUUUUUUCGAAUUUUGAACAAAAUGAAAAUCACAGUUAACCGCUGCUGGCAUUAUUCGCGACGUGUGCGUGAGGUUAGCUGUCACAGCUUUGGGUGAUUGGGCGACGCCAGACCAGCGAGCACGCAGCAGUUGCGGCCAUUGCACCAGCUUGCAGCGACGUUGGGUCGCUGCGAGCACGCAGGCCGGCAUUGUCGGCCGACUGCGUUGUGCCGUGCGUCGCAGCUGCGGCGCGCUCGCUAAUCCAUGCAUCGAGGCGGGUGGAGAUUAACUCCCAACGCCCGCUCUCCCAAUGCUCCACCGGGCGAGAUUCAUGCUAGGCCAUGGCCAAGGUGCGCGGCAUGUUCAGCCAGUGCAUGCACUGGAGAUCAUGCCCGCAAACCAGGGCCAUGCUGCCCGUUCUCUACACCUCUCUAUCUUUCCCAAGGGCUGGCUUUCAGAUGCCCGCCCAUGCGAGUAUCUAAGAGCCAGUCGCCUCAGGAAGAUAUACCCUGAGCUUCUGCUUCGCGCAGUGAGCAUGCCCUCUGUGGAGGGGCGCUUGCGUGGAGCAGAAGCGCAAGGCAGCGACACACUGGGCUCACGCGGGGCCGGGAUCGCAAGGGACCACACAUCAACACGUUUCCGCGGGGAAACAUGCCGCGACGGGGACCUACGGACGCGACGCAGGGCAUUUUCUGAGGUACAGAGCGUCGCUGGGGACCGCGCGGCACGCUUCGGGCGAAGCGUGUCGCGACGGGGACCUACGGAGAGACACGACACGAGGCUCAUAGCUUCGCCGUCGCGUCGGCAGGGACCGUAUAUACGCUUCGCUUGAAGCAUGCCCCAAUGGGGGCCCAAGAGGUAGCACCAAACUCCUGUGGAGAGGGUGCCUGGGUCACACAGCAGGCUUCGUGGAAGCGUGGCGCGACGGGGGGACCACAGAGCGGACACCACACCCUUGCAGGGUUGGUGUCGACAGGGCCAGGGACCGCACAGCACGCUUUGUAAGAAGCGCGCCCCGAGGGGGACCUGCGGAGACCAACACACCACACCGAGCCGUAGUGGAGUUGAUGUCGACGGGGACCACGAACACGCUUCGCAAAAGCGCGUCGCGAUGGGGACUCACGGAGACACGCGACACCAAACCUGUAGCAAGUUUGCAACACGCGUCGGCGGGGACCACGUGGCACGCUUCGCUUGAAGCGUGCCGUGAUGGGGACCUCCGACCUCCUCUGGAGGUGGCGUGAGGGCCACGCGGCGUGCCUCUGCUUCGUAGAAGCCCGCCGCGCUGGAGACUUCUCGAGCCGACACCAACCAAGCCUUGCGAAGUUGGUGCCGGAGGGGACCACACAGCACGCUUCGCAAGAAGCGCGCCGCGAUGGAGACCUGCGGAGACGACACCAAACUCCCGCGGAGCUGGUGUCGACGGGGACCACGCAGCACGCUUCGCCUGAAGCGUGCCAUGGUGGGGACCUACGCGGCAGCACAAAGCACCCUUGCAGGUGGUGCCACAGCGCCACGCAGCAUGCUUCGAGGAAGCGCGUCACAGUGUAGACCUGCGGAGCCGACACCAAGGCCCUGCGGAGUUGGUGGCAACGGGAACCACGCCGCACGCUUCGUUCAAAGCGUGUCGGGUGCGGGACCUGCGGAGACGACACCAGGGAGCUCCUGCUGCGGAGCUGGUGUCGACGGGGACCACGCUGCGCACCUAGCCAGAUGCGUGCCGUGAUAGGGACCUGCGCAGCGCGCUUCUCUCGAAGCGUGCCGUCACGGGGACGCGAGCACACGGCGCCAGGCCUCUGUCCGAGGCACUGGCGCUGUGCGGCAGGGGGCGCACGCGCUGCCAUGUCGUGCAGAUCUGCGCACAGCAGCAGCACUACCUUGGCGUGCGUGUCGCGCGCCCUCACUUGCUGCUCGCGCAAGUGGGACUCAUUGAUUUGUUGAGCGCGGCUUGCGGCCACGCCCCAACUGGGGCGCGGGUCGCGUGGCGGAGUGCGGUAACGCGCGUCAUCAUUGGAGUGCACCUGCUUGCCAGCACAUCCAACAAAGGCCUCCCGGGCGUGCAGCUCGGCUUGCGCCGCAGCACAGCCCGGGAAAGCGUUUCCGAAAACUCUCGCCCGCGCCUUCACUGGAGUGCACCUGCGUGCCAGCACCUCCAGAUCCGACCUCCCGGGCGUGCACCUCGGCUUUCGCCGCAGCACCACCCGGGAGUGCGUGGCAGAGUAUGGCCGGCGCGUCUUCACUGGAGUGCACCUGCGUGCCAGCACCUCCAGCUUAGACCUCCAAGGCGUGCACCUCAGCUCUCGCUGCAGCACCGCCCCGGAGUGCGUCGCAUACAUCUGCCGCCUCGCGCGCCUUCACUGGAGUGCACCUGCUUGCCAGCACCUCCAGGUCCGACCUCCCGGGCGUGCACCUCGGCUUUCGCCGCAGCACCACCCGGGAGCGCGUGGCAGAGUGCGAUCUGCGCGUCUUCGCUGGAGUGCACCUGCGUGCCAGCACCUCCAGCUUAGACCUCUAGGGCGUGCACCUCAGCUUUCGCCGCAGCACCACCCCGGAGUGCGUCCCGCACAUCUGCCAUGGCUACUCUCUUUCAUUUUCUUUUUGGUGAUAAACGGCGCAGGGCCGCCGCGGGUGUGUACUUAUUCCAAAGCCAGACCGUGCAACACCACACGCAGAGGGGAAACGACAACACGCGCCCGGCGCGCGCCGUUGCCCCUACAGCGGUGUCGCUCCCGUUAGCUGGCAGCGCUUAACCUCAUUUCGCUAUUGAUCGAUAUGUUGGACGCGAAAUACCAUUUAUUUGCAGCGAGCUUUUCUAUCUGGUCGAACUUUUACACUCAAUCGGACAGAUGUUCCACCUUGUCAAGUAUUUGCGCCGGUAAAUCAGAUGAACUUUUGUAUCGCCUUUAACACCAGAUACCACAAUGAGAAUGGGCUUGAUUUAUCUUGGUAAUUUUGAUUUUACUAUUGGAUUUUCAUCGCAUUUUGGUGCUCUACAAAUAAGUAUUGUAAUUUUAUGUCAGCGCAAGAACUUGUUGUCGCGUUGGAGAGGCCAUUAGCUCUCUUUCAUCGAGAACUCCAAUUCGUUGGUUCAUUCUAUUCACAGUGGAAUAAAGUAGAAAUGCUCUGAGAUUGGUGUAUUCACAAGUACAAUUCACUUCACUUAACAGUAUUCUUUCACUUUUGUUCGCAGCGCACCGAAGACGAUCUGAUAAACGAAAAGAGAACUUCGUUUUUCUUCCUUGUACAAUAGCUCACAACAGAACUUUCAUUCGUCAAAUCUACAGCCUUUCUAUCUCACCCAGUUUCAAAUCAAAUACAAAUCUAUGCAGCAGGAAGUCGUCAGAUAUAUGCCCUUCUUGAUUUGUUUUUAGACAAUUGCAAAAUUUUCUUCGAGCUAAUGUAUUUUGGUUUCACGAGCCCGUGAAAAAGGCCAUAAUUCGAAUUUUUGCCGGAAUGUAAUGCCAAUGGUAUUGCAUGACCGCGCAACAGUAGCAGGCGGCGCCACGGACGCCAGGAAUUCAGGUACUACAAGAGGGCCUGAUCCAGAAUCACGGCGCAAGAGCUUUGUUUACUCGGGAAAAAUGACCGAAAGUAUGCGAUGGCAGAACUUUUCUUAUUGUGAUUGCCCGUGCCCGACACGGAAAUCUAUUAAU